GCAACGAACGGCGCAGAACGAAGGAAAGGCUGCAAAGCAGGAACCGAAAAAACUACACUUUGUUCAUCGCGUAAAAGCUGCCAUUUUUCGUAUGAAGUGGAAAGAAGCUGCAUUUUGUCCCGUUGAUUGUCGCGUUUUUAGACUUGUUUCAGUGGCAGGAAGAGUUUAGAUACGCAUUUUUUGUUUAGUAAAAAUAUCGUUCAGACUUUAGAAGUGAAAAUGUGAAAAUUUGGAUUGUGUUUGGCUCAAAAAGCAUCAGCUAAUCAAAGUGCAGAAAAGUCCUUGAGAAAAAUUUCUUCCUGCCGGUUUCCCUUUUCGGUUCCAGCCAGUGAUCAGAAGAAAAAGGGUAAUAAGUGAGACGUCAGAAUAACUUGUGUGUGUUGAUUUGUGUCGCAGCUUCUCGAAAAUGUCAUCGAAGCUGCUAAAUUACCCAUCAGCUAGUUCGAAUCCGCAUUUGACCACCGGAUCGUCAGCCGGCUCUACUACUGGUGAGCACGGUUCGGCCCAGCUCAACUUUGAAAAUUUACAAUUGGACGACAUUCUCUGUACGGUGUGUCAAUCGGUACUGGUCGAACCGGUGUUCCUACCGUGUCAGCAUCGUUUCUGCCGUAACUGCCUGAGUGGUACCAUUGAAAAAAAUAAUCUCAACUGCCCGUGUUGCCGGAAGCGAUUCGGCACCUGGUACCGGAAUGCAUCCCGUGUAAACAAACUCGUUCACGAGCAACUGUGGAAUGCAAUACAGAGCCAGUUCCGGGACUAUUUAGAGGAAGACGGAGCACGCUGCAAUGGAAACGGAAGCACUGGAAGUUGCUUUGUUCCACAAAGCGAAAGCGUUAUCCACCUUAGCGAGCCGGGUGAAAUUCGUAAAGAAUAUGAAACCGAACUACAGCGGUAUCGCAAGGAGCUAAUCGAGGACAAGAAGAAAGAGCUAGCCGCCUCGGAAAAGUACAUUAUAAAUCUAUACAAACAGGAAGGGAUCAUUGAUCUGGUAGACAGUAGUGACCAUCUGUCCAUAUCCUCCUCUACAAGUACUCCCGAACAUGAGAAGAAACAAUCACAGCCUACAAUGGGGGACAUUCACGAAGUAGACGAUGAUGAGGAAGCCGGUCCAUCGGGAUCGUCAUUCACGCAACCGAAGUCUGUCAAAAAUAGUCAGAAAGGCAAUCCGUCACAUUCUUCGAAUGUGGUUAGUAGCAGCAGUAGUCAAGUUAACACUAGCCGCCCUGAGACAUCAAAAUCAGCGUCGAAUGGAAGUGUCAUUUCUAUCUCGUCAACAUCGUCAGCUUCUGCUGCAUCUUCGUCGUGCAUCUCUUCCGCUUCCAGUCGCUACAGUCUAAUCAAAUCAGUAUCCCAACAAAUCGGGCAUGGAGCUGAGGUGAUUAAGCAUAGGGUUCAGAAUUCGAUUCUCAACAAAUUAACGACAUCUGGUGGUGGAUUAAAGAAAACUUUCACCAUGGCUGAUCUAAACAAGAGUGAGCUGUGUGUUAAACCUACCAAACUGCAUCGCAAGUCUCCCACUCGCCAUCCAGAUGACGAUGACGACGAUGGUGAUGACACGGACGAUGGGGACAGCCUGCGGUCGGAGUUGAACCACUUCAAACCGAUCAUUGCCACCACCCCAAAGAGCUGUUUUACGCCCAAGGCCAUCAUACGUGUUCCUUCCAUCCGACCAGAAACCGGUGCUCUGCCAUCGACUUCCUCUGCAAUGGAAUGUUUAAGCCCCAGCAAAAGUCCGUUCAAACCGAUUGAUCCAAUGACACCACGCCGAUCGGCAUUUUCCGUGGUCAAUGUUCAUCUUCUAACCCCACCAACGACAAUCGAUUGGAACGAAAGUCACCAGAGAAAUAGAACGAGAGCAGUGGUCAAGAAAUCUGCUCCUUCCUCCGGGCUCAACAGUCGCAGUAGUAGUAUCUCCGGUAACGCAAUAAACUCCGCCAAACGGAAGAAUAAAAAGAAACCUAGCCCACAGAAAGCGAAAACUAAUGCAGGUAUUGCAAGUAAAAAGAAACGAAAACUAAAGUUCUCGCCCCCAUCAAAAACUAAGGUGAAAAAGAACACCUCGGAUGUGGCAUCCACUGAAACAGUCAAAACUAGUAGACUCACAAGACGAAGCGUCAACAAUGAAGCGGGACGGCUCAAGGACCUUAUUGUAACAGAUCAGCAACGACGUGCGGCCAUGAUCGAACAGGAACGACGCGAUUUUGAAUUUGCGCAAAAACUCCAGAAAAAGCUAAACCGAACACGAGGUGCUUCGGUGAUUAAUCCAUUCUCCAAGGAAUCUACAUCUAGAACAACAAUGGUUUCGGCAAGAAGUCGAAGCAAUGUAUACUCACUACGGCAACCAACAUUCCCCGCUGCUCAAGUGAGCACCCACCAACAGCCAACUGAGGAGCUGAACCACAAUAGUAAAGCGGUAGAGCAGGAUGAUUCGCGAAAACGAAAGAACACUGACAAACCUGAUUCGCAAAAAGAAGUGCAAUGUGCUGCUAAGAAAACAAAGCAGACAGCACAGGAGCUCGCCGGAGGUGAAGAAACCAGCAUCGUUCGGCGAAGUACGCGGAAUAGGCACUAGGAAUUAGUUUGGUUUUUCGGUAUCUUUCGGUUUGAAGAAUUGUGAUGAGAUCAACGUAAUCAGUUGAUGUAUAUGUGAUCUUCACCUAAAACACACACGCACUCACAAUCGCACCGCAGUAGUCUGAGACUUUCGAGGAGGCACCAUCAUGUGUGUAUGUGUGUGUGUGUGUUUGUUCGUAAGCGUAAGUAAGUUGUGCGAAUUUGGUCUAUUUAUUCUGUUUUUUUUUUCGAAACUCUGCUGGUUAGAUCAGCAUACUAUUAGCUUCCUAAACACAAUCAACAGUCAUCUGAAUGAAAGUUAAUUUUAAAUUUUCUAUGUUUGUUUCUGAUUCGUGAAUUUGAUUAGAUCUGUCAGUUGAAUUUUAUUGUAUUUCAUCCGUCCAUUCGAACGGUUUGAUUUCAUGUUACUUUGAAACAAUUCGUAAUUUCGUAAUGGCAAACAAUAUCAAAAUAAAAACGCCACACUUUUCCUUGUUGUCAUGAUAGACAAGAGAUACAAAUGCAUUCCCAGCUAUCAACAUAAGCUUGGUACUCCGAAUUCAGAUCACAUCAACAAGAAGCGUAGCAACGUGUAAAUAAAGUAAACUAUAAUGUUGUAGUAGAAACAAGUUUCGGUAAAAAUAGUAGCAGAAUUACCCAUGUAGCACACGGUUGCAGUGAAAUCGGACCUUAAACGAUCUAACAGGAUUUUGGAUGGAAUGGGAGCGCUUGCCGCCAAAACUUUUUUAAUUUAACAUUUCGUUGUGUUUUCUGAAAAGAACAUUUUGCCUUUAUAUUUUCAUGUAAAUAUAGUUAGUAAUAAAAUGAUGUCUGUUCAUUAUUCAAAAUCAUUGAAACACGUUUCGUCGCAAUUUUAACGUAUCUCGUCCGGGAAGCUGCAAUAAUGGCGUACCGCACAACUCUCAUUCAGUUAUUUUUAUAACAGCAGAUCGAUAAGACAGACUCAUGUUAAGAGAUUUUCUAUCAGGAUUUGAAUCUGUUUCUGACUUCAACCAAAUUUCUCUACUCUUUGGAUUUAACGCAUCUGAGAAUUGGUAAAGGUCUUAACCAAAAUAAACUUCAUACAAAACAAAUGUUCUUAGAUUAAAAAACUGAUGGGUCAUUUCUAAGCAUUGAGAAACGGGAAACGAGUUACUUUGGAAGACUUGCAGAAGACAAUAAAACAGGCCUAAACUUGUAUCAUUUUCAAAGAAUUAGUAUAACAUGUCAUGCAAGCAGCGGUGGGGUCAGUAGGAUCGCUGCAUUAACUAUGCUGUAAAAGCUGCGUAAAGUCUGUUGAAACAGAACAUCAAAUUACUCAUUCAGGCUUUUGCUUGGUAAAGUAAAGGUUUACUGAAAGUAAAUUGGUACAGCCCUCCAGCUCCACUAGUUUUAUCAAAGUAGUCGACCACAUCCAGAACAACGUCAAAUGAAACUCCAAGAAACACUUGCAAAUUCGAAGUAACCAAAGAUGCCGAGUGCUCAAAACCUACAAGAAAUCACUGAGUGUGAAACGGAAUCAAUGGACUCGCGAAAAAUCCGAAACCUCGGAGCAGGUACAAACACAAAGCCAGUUACCCAUCCGAAUUUAAAUGGUAAAAAAGUAUGCAAGACUUGUACGCCCGUGUUUUGACGAAACAAAAGGGCUGCUCUUUGACCAAUGACAUAACAUACGUCAAACUCGAUUUUUAACAGAUUCCCAGUCAAAAGUCUUACAUCGCGACUGAACGUGGGAAUGUGUCGGGAAGAUUCAAGUUCGUGUUUGUCGACAAGCUUACGAAGAAUGCCGUAGUUGGUAAGUGAUUUGCAGUUGUGGGCUAAAAACAAAACCAUUUGUCACAUUCUUGACGAAGACUUUCUAUGUUUCCAUCGAAGAAUGUCUGAAACAGUGUAGGGGUAAGGUCAUUUUUGGCGCGAUUUGGCUAGCUGUCACUACUCCAAGGUGGCUCUGAAGUAGUAUGCGACAAGAUCGAUUUUGUACCGAAUUCUUGGAACGUCAACCAUGCGAAGCAUGCUGAGCAGCAGCGACUUCAACGAAGCUGCGGAACAGUCAAGGACAUCCCGCAAAUGCAGGCAAAAUGGAAGUAAUACGCUGAUUCAGUAUCCAUUUCCAUUGAGCGGGCGCUGAUGGAUAAUUCGAUCUGGAGAAAUGUAACCAUCUAAUGCUGUAUCUAAGUACUGUGAAGUAAUAGUAAAUGCCAAUUUACUUUCAGUCAGCCUUUAAGAGAUCGCAAAUGUUAGAUAUACAUGGAACCGGUAACCAUGACAUUCGUCGCAGAUUCUAAAAACAUGCACGAUGACGCAAUAAUCGUAACCGCAAAUACAAAGACUGCUCACAGCAAAGCCCGCAAGAUGAAGGUGUUCUCCCUUCUAACCAAAAUUUCAUAUUCUCCCUUACUCGAACCCAAGUUGUUUUUGAUUUUGCUAGCGUUGUUGAGAAAACGAAUGAAAAAAGAUGAUUGUUAUGUUCAAAUUACGCCGGAAACAUCUCAAGCUUCAUCCAUGGUUAGCUUGCAACAAACUAAACCGAAUCCUGUGCAGCGCGCUUCCAUUCCAUUAUUCCAACGGCCUAGAGCAUCUCUGCAACUCUGCAACAUUUCUUGGGGUACUGAAAAAUUAACAAAAAUAUAAACAAUAUAACUUCUCGAAUCAGAUCUAGCCAAUGCCAACAAAAAAUCAAAACCAAUCAAGUAUUAAAUUCCCGUAGACAAUUCAACUAAAUGUUAUCCAUUUCCAACAAAAACAACAACCACAUACAGUAACAAAAGUAAAUCAAAUGUCGCAAGACUACAGCUGCUCACGAAACCACAACUCGUGAGCAGAAGAAUGAUUGUAGAUGUAGACGUUCCCCCCGAUGUGAGAACAAAUGAACUCUUAUUAAUCCUAACAAAAUGUGUACUAAUUCUAAUUCUAAUACUGUGGACGAACGAUGUUUUGUACACACAUUGUAAUCGCUUUUCAUAGAUGCGAAAAAAAGGUGAACCAUUUGCAUUUAGAUAUACUUACCUAUAAAUGAAUAAAAAAUCGUUGUAAAGAGGGUCAAACUGUGACAUUACAAUUCAACAAACACACAAAGUUAGUGAUACAAUUACGCAGCCUGAGAUAAUUUAUUUCAGCCAGUUCUGACAAAAGCGCAGAUUUAGCGAUCGUUCGAGUAUUCGGUCGAUGUGAGCAAAGGAAAGAGUCAUAUUUAUUCUUUCCAACAACUGAACUGUGGAACCUAGUGCGAUAUUUAGCAUGAUAUACUGUCAAAGUGGACGUUAAAACGGCAAAACGAAUGUAGUAAUACACAAGAACUCAACCACACACACGAAAGAAUGACUGUAAAUGUUGAACAUUUUUCGUUUUUUCUCGCGCUAAUCAUUAUCAAACGAUUACGAAUGAUGAUACUAGUUUUUACAAUUACAGAAAAAUAUUAUAUAAACGC